AUGAAACAAAGAAGGAAUACAUUUCAAUUUGUAAACAGGGGUCAGUGCAACACUGAUAAUAAUACCAAUAACAAUGUAGAACACGAUGAUAUUAAUAAUAAUGAUGAUGUAAUAUUGUCGGGUAUGGAAGAAGAAACAACAACUACUACAACAAGUACAACUACAACUACUCAUAGGACAAACAUUCUAAAUACUACCAAACAUUCAAAUCAGCGUUCCAUCGAUGAACAAAUAGAAAUAUUGCAAUCAAAGACAACAUCAUCAUAUAUGAUGAUGAAUAUGAACAACAAGAGAAUUAUAAAUGAUAAUCAUGUUGAUGACAAUGACGAUGAAGGAAAUGUUACACAAAUGUACUACACCGAGGAUGAAUUGAAAAGUAAACAAAAGAAACAUUUACUUUGA